AUGGGAGGCGAUCGUGGUAAAGCGGAAAAGAAAAGCAGCCGCACUAGAAUAUGUGCAACGUUGAUUCCUAUUGUGCUAGCAUGUUGCAUUAUAGGGAGUACUGGUGAAAACGUCGAGAUGUCGAGGCCCCUGCAACAGUUGCCUGCCGUUGACGAAGAUAUACAUGUUACCAAUGAAGAAUCGGGUGGGUUGCUUCCAACGACAUUGGAACCAUACCACUACAAAGUGUGGCUUCAGCCAUAUUUCACGGAGUCGAAAGACGGAUCAAAAUUUCUCGAUCUAGACGGUAAAGUUGAUAUUUAUUUUAACUGUAUUGAGGAUACUCGCAAUAUUACAGUUCAUCACGAGUACAUGACAAUUUUAAAAUACGAACUUUAUGACAUUAGUGGCGAGGUGGAUAAACUCCUUCAAACAGAAAGCAACACUACGAUCACUGGGUGGGAUUGGUACAUCAUAACCUCAAUGGGUUCCUUGCAAGCUGGGGUCAAUUAUCGCUUAUAUAUGGAAUAUGUGGGUACUGUGAAUCAUCUCGACAACUUUGGUUUCUACAUGGGUACAUAUACAGAAGACGCGAUCGUCAAGACGUUUGUUGCUAGUCAAUUUGAAGCAAUCGCCGCCCGUAGAGCCUUCCCUUGUUUUGAUGAGCCAGCUUAUAAGGCAACGUUCGACACCGCGUUAGUGUACAGACCGGAAUACGUGGCACUGUCCAAUACGUAUUCCAUUUUAAACGACACCUACUAUGAUCCGAACACCGAUGAAGUGUGGAGUGUUACCUACUUUGGUACAACCGUCAAAAUGUCCACUUAUCUGAACGCCUACACUGUGGGUGACUGGGCAUGUGUGCAAAGUACUACACGUAAUGGAAUAGAUCUCCGAAUAUGGUGCCAGCCCUCGUUGCUUUAUCAGGCGGAAUACGCAUUGAACGUUGGAAUGGUACAGCUUAGUAAUUUUGAAGAUCUUUGGAAUAUUCCAUAUCCAAUGGCAAAAAUGGAUAUGUCUGCGCUACCUGUAUUCUCAUCUGGCGCGAUGGAAAACUGGGGUCUGGUCUUUUACAGAGAAAACUAUUUACUCUACAGCAUUGAAGCGGGGCACACACCAGACCGGAGGAAAGACGUGGCACAAGUUAUCGCUCAUGAACUUAUACAUCAGUGGUUUGGGAAUUUGGUCACAAUGGAGUGGUGGAGUCAUCUAUGGCUGAAUGAAGGAUUUGCUACAUAUUUCGAAUACGUGGGUACACACUGGGUGGAGCCGGGUUUCGAAAUGUUUGAGCAAUUCUUCCAGACGGAAGCGCAAUAUGGCACUUUCCAGUCAGACCAACAGGGCGAUUCCCAUCCGCUUAUAAUGGAUGUUGCACCGAAUGAUGCAAAUAGCAUGUUCAACGCUAUGACGUAUUUGAAGGGAGGAUGCAUAAUCAAGUUAAUGGAUGGAUUUGUUGGAGUGGAUCUGAUGUUUGAAGGUUUCCGCAAUUAUCUUAAUCAAUUUUCCUACGACAAUGCCGUGUCUGACGAUUUGUGGGCAGCUUUGACACAGACGAUAGAACUGGACAUGGGAGGAAACAUGAAAGAUAUUUUCGGAUAUAAUAUGAAAGAACUUAUGGAUCCUUGGACUUUACAAAUGGGAUUCCCCGUUGUGAAUCUCACUCGAACAUCGACCACUGCUAUACAAGCCGAUCAGGGACACUUCUUAAUAGACCCAAACGACGUAGUAGAAGAUGAAGAAUAUGGAAAUUUAGGAUAUGUAUGGCAUGUACCAUUAACAUUCACCCACAAAACUGAACAAUUGUUUACCAAUCCGAACAUGGAAUGGCUCCAUUUAACAUCCGCGGUGCUGACAUUGGAUGGCGCCACUGAUAAUGAUUGGUAUAUUGCUAAUAUCAACCAGACUGCUCUGAUACGGGUUAACUAUGACGUAGACAAUUGGGGAAAACUCACUCAACAAUUAUUAGUCGACUAUAAGGCACUCCCUGUAAGAAAUCGAGCACACCUUAUAAACGAUGCCCUAGUCCUAGGUCAAGCUCAACAACUAGAUCACGUUGUAUCCAUGGAGAUAAUUCAGUAUUUGUACAACGAAAUUGAGUAUAUGCCAUGGCAAGCCUAUGAAGAUGAGCAAUACUACACAAAGUACAUGUUAUGGCGAACGUCUACGUAUGGCUUGUUACAGAAUUACAUUAGUAAUUUAGUGAGUCCGAAUUAUGCUUCAUUGGGAUGGAAUUUUGACUACACGGAAGACAUUGACUAUUUUCGACGUUUAGAUACCCUGAGAAUAGCAUGUGAUUAUAAUCACGCCGACUGUGUUGCCAAUGCUACAAAUCAGUAUGCUGCAUGGAUGGCUGACCCAGACAACAACAAGAUAGAAAUAAAUAUGCGCAGUACCGUCUACUGUACAGCCAUUCGCCAUGGCGGAGAAAACGAGUGGAACUUUGCGUAUAACCGACAGCGGAUAGAUCCCGAAGAACAAAACCGUUUACGAUCAGCCAUGGGUUGUACACAACUAAACUACUUGCUAACAGGGUACAUGGAAGAAGCUCUAACAGGAGAUGAAUUCGGUGCACGAAUUACUAUUGGGUUCGUGCGAGAUAACUCUGCCUUAGGAUUCAGCCUAGCAUGGACUUUCACAGUUGAUAACUUCGUAGCGUUGAAUACAAUAUAUGGGGACAGUGCAUUCGAUAUAGCCUGGACAUUUGCAAAUCAAAUGAACACAAACAAAGACCUGCUUGAGUUGAACGCCUUCGGGAAUGUAUAUAGCGAUAUGCCAGUCGAAGCAGCAAAUGAUUUUAAUGAAGCCGUGAAACGAGUUGAAACGAAUAUUUUGUGGAUGGAACGAAAUGAGGACCAAAUACGUGUAUUCCUGGAAUCGUUAUAA